AUGGCAUCGAAAUCAGUAGAUAAGACGACACUUCGUCAACUAAUGAAACAAGAGAAACAAAAAAGAAUCGAUUCACCACUUGCAAAAUACACAAAUACAGGUCAACUCUGUUGUGCACUAUGUAAUCAACAAUUAACCAGUGAAACAUUUUGGAAAGCUCAUAUCAAUGGACGAGAACAUAAACAAAAACUCCUAGAAUUAAAAUCAAAUAUUAAACAAACUAACUCUGAUUCAGUCUUUACUAAACCAUUUCCACCUCCUCCAUUACCCAAUCAACAACAACAACAACGAGGUAUAAAACGUCCUCAUGAAGUAGAUUCAAACGAUCAUGUAAUUGUUGGUAAACCGUCAGCUACUGUUCCAACAAUUUCAAAUUCAGCAUUACCUGCUGAUUUUUUCGAUAGUGAAUCAUCGAAGCCACAAAUCGAAACAAAUAAACCUGUUAUAAUAACUUCACAACCAACAACAAAUAUUGUAACAGCAUCAACUGAAAAAUCUUCGGCUAUACCCGAAGGAUUUUUCGAUAAUCCAGAAUUAGAUGCUCGUAUGAGAAAAGUUGAAUAUGUUGAUAAAAUGGAAAUUGAAUGGGAUACAUUCACACGUGAAAUGAAACAAGAAACAAAUAUAUCAGACAAAUUAGAAGCAAAUGAUGAUAUUGAUCGUGAUGUUGAAAGAGAAAUAGUAGAAACAGAUGAAUUAAUUACACGAUGGCAAAAAAUUGAAGAAAUGCAUGAUGUUAAAGAUAAUCGAUUUAAAGUAGUAAAAAAAUCACAAAAGCAAAUUAAAAAAGAAAUGGAAGAUGAUGAUGAUAAUGAGGAAGAUUUAGAACAAGAAUUACAAAAUAUGUAUAAUUGGCGACAAAAACGUUCAUAA